AGGUCGGUCUCGUUUAUAAAUCCGUUGAUUUUUUGAAGUACUAAAGGGAGCAGUUCGAGUUACUGUGACAUGGCAAUUGCGGAGCAAGAUGCGGAUGAUGAUUACUACUUGGAGUUGUCCUCCGAUCCGAUCAGAUUCGAAUCAGUCAGUAGUCUCACUAACGUAUUUUUCGAUGACUCGAAACAACAAGUAUUUGCUGUUCGGUCGGGAGGCGUCGCAAGUGUAUUGGUCAAAGGACCAAAUGAAAAUCUAAAUUUUCGAAUGGAAGACAAGGGACCCGUAUUCUCCAUCAAGUUUUCUCCCGACAUGAACAUACUUGCGAUACAACGUACUAAUGCAUCGGUGGAAUUUGUUAAUUAUUCUCCCACUGUUGGCUUAGACAACAUUGAAUAUUCACAGCCUUGCAAAGGGAAGAACGCCACCAUAUUGGGAUUCGUUUGGACUCACGGAAACGAAAUACUACUUGUUACCGAUUACGGAGUCGAGUUGUUUCAAGUUAACUCGGAGAAACGAAAUGUUCGAGCACUGAAAUGCUUAAGCUUAGACAUAAAUUGGUUCGUCUACUGUCCGCGAAGCCACUUGGUGCUAUUGUCGUCUGGAAAACUAGGGACUCAGAUGCAGGCGUUACACGUAACGCCCGGAAAUCUUCAUAAAUUGACGAAAUUUGAAAUGGAAACUGGUACGACGAAACCGGGAAAACUGGCGGUCUCUGAGAGGGACGUGGCAUUGGCGGUUCUAUAUGGAACGCCUUGUAUUAUUCUGUUACGGCAUCAACUGUGUGCGAAUCGUACGACAGGAACCGCGUCCGUCUAUGUAUACGCCGUCCAUAAAAUGACAACCAUCAAGCGAAGUCAUAUUUUGCAACUCGAUAUGAGCGGUAGAUUUGCCAUUAACGUUGUAGACAAUCUAAUAAUUGUUCAUCAUCAAGCUUCGAAAACCUCGAUGAUUUUUGAUAUCAUGCUACCGGGAGUAAGCGACGGAACAGUAAUGCAUCACAGCAGCGUGGCACCAGCGGAACCGAUAAAACCAUGCACUUUGAAAGUUCCGGGGGCUACUUUGUCGGAGCAGGUGUAUCAGCCUUGCCAAUUAUAUUCAUCGAAUUGGGUUGUUUUUCAACCAAAUAUCGUGAUAGAUGCGAAGUUGGGUUGCCUAUGGUACGUGGAACUGAAGUUGGAAGCAUUGGUGAAACUUAUUACGGACAAAGUGAUAUUGGUCGAAUUUUUAACGCAACGAACGAACGCGAAGCAGAUGUUGAUACAGGUACUGCAAAGUUUCAUGAUGAAGUUACCUGUUAGUUUAAUGGAUAUGCCGAUUAUAUUCGACAAGCUGAAUUCUGUGUAUAGGAAUUAUCUGGAGAGUGAAAUACAGAGUCAGAUGGGAACUCCUUUGCAAAAUAACGCGAAGAGCAUUAUCGUACCGCCGGAAAAUUAUAAGUACAAGCUUCUGCUCGAUCAGAGCGACAUGUACAGUCACAUAUUAUCGAAAUUUCCUGAGAACACAAUCGAACCGAAAAUGAUGGUGUGGGUUCUUCUGGAAUACAUCAGAUCAUUGGCGGACCACAAAAUACCCGUGCAACAUUAUCUACACGAACUGGUGAUCACGACGCUGGUGCAGCGAAAAGCUUACUACCAGCUUCAUCAAUUGCUGCAAUAUCACGUGGUUGCUGACUCGAAACCUUUGGCCUGUCUGUUACUUUCUUUGGAAAAUCUUUAUCCGGCUGCCCAUCAGCUGGCCUUGGAUAUGCUCAAGAGAUUGGGAAAUGCUCACGAAGAAAUAAUCGAAGUCCUUCUCUCGAAGGGCCACAUUUUGCCUGCGUUGCGAUACAUUCGAUCCGUGGGAAUGGUAGAUCAAGUUUCCGCCAGAAAAUUUCUAGAAGCGGCAAAAACAGCCGGGGAUUCGACAUUGUUUUAUUCGGUUUUCAAGUUUUUCGAACAGCGGAAUUUGAGGCAGCACAAUACGACAGCAUUUGCGAAGGGAGAACACUGUCAGGCUUACGUUCAACAUUUCAAGUAUUUAUUUCAGGGAACGGAUAACGAAUGUAAUUCGGAUGCCAAUUCUAACGUCACUACCGUUUCUUCUUGAGAUGAUUCUGUCUUUCUUUCUCGUGUUCCGUCUGGUUACGCCAAUUUCUUCGUGUUAUCGUAAUGUCAUUGACAAUGACAACGGUGACGGCGAUUAAAGCCACAACAACAAGAACAAGAACAAUAAAAACCAACAACAGCAACAAUAACAUCGACAGUAAUAGCAACAGCAGCAGAAAUCACAGAUUACAAGAUAAUUUCCGUAUAUAAUAUAGAAGAAGCAAAAACUAAUUUGGUCGCGUUGCGAUAUUUAUUCGCUCUUUUUUCGCGGUUUCUCUCGUGAUACACAUACGCAAAGCAUAUUUCUUAUCGUUUAUUUAAACGCAUUGCAUUUUCGAAUACAAUUUUUUUCCACUGCUAUCGAUACGACAUUCGUUUCUCGAAAUGUUUACGUAAUCACGGAGAAAUACUAAUUCGAAAGACGGCGCUACAACGAAACAAUAGCCCGUAGGAUUCAACUACAGAAGCACACGCUAGACCAAGACA